GCAUUAAACGACCAUCUUCACUAGUGGCGUAUUACCCAGGGUCUAGAAAACAAGCACUAGAUAUUAGUCUUAUAGGUGUCUUCCCUCCUACAUUUACAUUCAUAGGAUGCGUCGCUUUAACUGCUUAGCGGCGAAGCAAGCUGCUUCUUUCGUGAAGUUUUCCCCCACCUUCGCGGCGAGCUCGCAAUCCCGCCAAUUCCACAGCGCGUUCAGCCUGAUGGGCUCUUGCAUCAUGUGCGUGGCUUGCAUGUGUUGCUUCGCGAGCUGGGGGAAUAAUAUUUGUAAUCUCAAGAAAUAUGGCCGUUGGCGGUUCCGUAAUUCCAUAGAUGAUGUCUUCAUCGUAUCGGAUUUCAAGGGCGCCCGGUACGCCGGUGCGUGCUUCGGGCUUCUUUUCUGGUGGUUCAUAGUGGGCCCACAAAAAUACCGUUGGGAUAGCAAUUUAGAGCAGGUGCCAGGCAACACGCGCUUUGGCCCCUUUUAAAUGUGCACUAGAUAGCGCCUAACACGUUGAGCAAAAGAUGAAAAAACAAUUUAAUCCACCUUGAUGGGUGUAUAAGGAUGGAUUCAAACCAAACGAAUAUUACCAACCGGGCUUAAUCAUGCUCUUUAAGUUAUGUUUUCUAUUAUUACUGAAUAUGUUGUAGUAUUAGUAUCAAUAGUAGUAGUAUGAGGAUGGUAGCAACUGCAUGUAUUAAGUAUGCAUAUCUAUUUAGAAGGAAAGCUUUGAUAUGGAAGGACAUCUUACUUUUUAUUACUUGAAAAAAGAUUGUAGGAUCACUAUCUUUUAUUGAGCUUAAUGGUGCUUUCACGAUGAUUCUUAACAUACGCUCCAUGGGCCGACAUAAUGUGCGUCGUAUGUUAAUGCUGUAGCGAUGGUUGAAUUCUCAGAGAGAAAGAA